AUGGCAAGCUCAAGCUCAAGCUCUAAUGAGUCUAAUCCAUAUGUGAUGGUGGAAGUUGGAGAAGAAUACCCAUACCCCACACAUGUUUGUGCCCCAAAUCUUGUUACCUUGAAGCUGAGUUGUAGGGAUGAGUAUAGUAUGUGGAAAACACAGAUGCUAUGUCUGUUAGCGAGUUAUGAUGAACAAGAUAAAAAAAGAGCAGAACUUCAUCAAAUUGUGUACCAGGCUACUGUAGCAGGGAACUGGAAUUUAGUUCAUGUGAUUUUGAAGACUGGACAAAUUACAGUGAUAGACAAGAUCACCAAUAAUGAGAACACAGUACUCCAUGUAGCAGUGGGUACUACCAAGAAGUCAGAAUUCUUAGAGAAUUUGUUGAAACUGAUACCCGAAAACACGCCAAUAGAUGUGCGGAAUUCAAAUGGAAGCACACUUCUUCAUGUUGCUGCUAUUGUUGGCAACACCGAAGCUGUUAAUGUCUUGGUGGAAAAAAACCGAGAUUUGUUGUUGGCCGUGGACAACGAGGGUCAUACACCACUAGCCGUAGCUCUUUCUAAUAUGCAUACAGAGACUUCUAAUCAACUGUUGCUUCACAUCAACGCUGAAAAGGAGAAGUUUUCCAGCUCAAUUGGUGAUGCUCUGUUUUCUGGCACAAGUGGUGAUGACCUUUUAGUCACUGCUAUUUCUUCUAAAGAUUUUCGUUUGGCACGUAAGAUGAUGCGGAAGUACAAAGCGUUGCAUGGUGAUGCGGUAAUGGUGGCUCUAGCUCAAAAUUUCCCAUGUGAACUCAGUAUAUUGGAAGAAUAUAUAGGGACUUAUAUAAUACUUUUCAGAGUAACCAGAUUUCUCGAAGCCUCGUUUAAUUAUAUGGUUUUCAGAUGGGUCCCGUUAUGUGGUUCAUGGGUUGGAAAGAUAAUCCGCUUAUUCUAUACCGGAACUGUUUGGAUUGUUUUGCAUUUCCCACCAAUAUUUAAGAUUUUAGAGAGACCAUUCAUCAAAAAGAGAGUUCAAAUUCAUCAAGAUGCUUACAGAUUGUUAGUUGAUGCAUGUUCAAAGAUAAAGUCAUGCAAAGACUCCCGCUGCUAUCAUCACUAUUACACGAAUCCCAUCUUUGAAGCCACAAGACUAGAUGCAUGUGUGGUUGUAAGCAGCAUUAUAAGUGAAUUUCCAAAUGCAGUUUGGAGUGUUAAUGAAAAUGGGCACAACUUUAUUCAGUACGCCGUGAUAAAUCGCUCAGAAAAGGUUUACAACCUUUUGUAUCAAAUGAGUGAACAUAAAAAUAUUUAUAGAACGAUCAAAGAUUCCUUUGGAAAUAACCUCUUGCAUCUCGCGGGAAGAUUGGCACCUGCCAAUAAACUGAAUCUUAUAUCGGGUGCUGCUUUACAAAUACAACGUGAAUUACAGAGGUUUAAGGAAGUUGAAAGAUUUGUGUGUCCUCUAAACGUCGUACAAAAAAACUCGUUUCACGAAACACCUCAAAUGGUGUUUACAAGAGAACAUAAAGAGUUGGUGAUUGAGGGAGAAAAAUGGAUGAAGGCGACUGCAGAGUCUUACACAAUUACAGCAGCAUUGAUCACCACCAUUAUGUUUGCAGCUGCUAUUACAGUGCCAGGAGGAAACAAUCAGGAAAAGGGAAUUCCAAUCUUUAGUCACGCAAAGGCCUUCACAAUAUUUGCGAUAUCAGAUGCCAUAUCGUUAUUUGCAUCUGAUUUUCUUUUCAAGUUGCCUUCAAAGUUGAUAAUUGGGCUGGCAAUGUUGUUCAUCUCAACGACAUCGAUGUUCCGUCUUGUCAUCGACUUGAUCAGCACUACAUACGGUCUUAGUAUUUUUGGAAGGAAAAGAAACAGUGUGUUGUAUUAA